GACGCUAUGGCCGCGUACUACAGCCAAAACAACCCAGACCCUAGCCCGACAUCGCUCACCUUUGCGUACCCGCAGACCAUGGACUGGAAUCGCGAGCUGCUAAGGAACGAGCCGGGGAUGCUAGCCGAGGAGAAGCUGUCAGAUGUGGAGAGGCUGAAGGUCAAGAUAAGGAUGUUUGCGAGGUUUAUUGGGAUGAAGGGGGCGGAGACGCCGAGGUGGGAGUAUGAGCGGGGGGUCGAGAUUUUGGCGAGGAGGAUUGAGAGGAGAGUGAGACUAGAGGAAGAGACGGAGAUGAGGAGGAAGGUGUUUAUGGGACCAAGGGCGUGGCAGGCCUAGGAAGUUCAGAGUUUGAUGGGUGUAGAAGAGAGGAGAGCAUGCUGAGCGUUUUCGUUGAUGGGCGCACGUCGGACGGAUGUCCACAGCGUAAAUAGAGCAUUUGCAUCGAUGGG